GGAUGCCCAUGCCGGCCGGGUGAGGUCAGCUCCGGGGUGGAGCAGCCCGGUGGUGCAGUGAGGAGGCUGCGAGGGGGGCAAACAAAAGAAAGCCCGAAGCGACCGAGCCGGGAAGGUGCCUCCGGGAAGUAGCUCCCAUGGCGCUUGGGAAAAGCCUCCUUUCAGCACCCGCCCAGAACUCGACCCUCAGAGGCAGCCUCUAUCUUCAGUACAAAGUGCUGAAUUGCAGAUAGCAGUAUACCCGGGCACAGAGCGAGAAGCCUGCAUCCCAUUCUUCCAAGGGCUCCACUGGUGACGAUGUACUUGGUGAACCAUGAUUCCGGUCACAGAAUUGCGCUACUUUGCCGAUACCCAGCCGGCGUACCGCAUCCUAAAGCCAUGGUGGGACGUUUUUACGGACUAUAUCUCCAUUGUGAUGCUGAUGAUUGCGGUAUUUGGUGGGACGCUGCAAGUCACCCAGGACAAAAUGAUUUGCUUGCCUUGCAAAUGGGUCACCAAAGACGCUUGCAACGAUUCCUCCAGAGACUGGCCAACUGCAAGCCUGGACACAAGUUAUUUUAACUCCUCUUUAGUGGCAGCCAUGGAGCCAGGGCCAACAGGGAUCAAAUACGAACUCGACAGGCACCAGUACAAUUACGUGGAUGCUGUGUGCUAUGAAAACUGCCUUCAUUGGUUUGCCAAGUAUUUCCCUUACUUGGUGCUAAUGCAUACACUGAUCUUCUUGGCUUGCAGUAACUUCUGGUUCAAGUUCCCACGAACCAGUUCUAAGCUGGAGCAUUUUGUCUCCAUCCUACUCAAGUGUUUCGACUCCCCAUGGACCACAAGGGCCCUCUCUGAGACAGUGGUGGAGGAGAGUGACCCCAAGCCCACCUUUGGGAAGAUGAAUGGCUCCAUGGACAAGAAGUCCUCCACAGUUAGUGAGGAUGUGGAGGCCACGGCCCCGAUGCUACAGCGGACAAAAUCUCGGAUCGAGCAAGGAAUUGUGGACCGGACAGAGAAUGGCGUCCUGGACAAGAAGGAAGGCGAGCAAGCCAAGGCACUCUUUGAGAAGGUCAAGAAGUUCCGGACACAUGUGGAGGAAGGAGACAUUGUCUACCGCCUCUAUAUGAGGCAAACCAUCAUCAAGGUGAUCAAGUUCAUCCUCAUAAUUUGCUACACUGUCUAUUAUGUCAGCAACAUCGCCUUUGAUGUGGACUGUAAGGUGGACAUUGAGAGCCUGACAGGCUACCGCAUGUACCGUUGUGCUCAUCCUCUUGCCACCCUCUUCAAAAUCCUGGCGUCUUUCUACAUCAGCUUGGUGAUCUUCUAUGGCUUGAUCUGCAUGUACACCCUCUGGUGGAUGCUCCGGCGGUCCCUCAAGAAGUACUCCUUUGAGUCCAUCCGGGAGGAGAGCAGCUACAGCGACAUCCCUGAUGUAAAAAAUGACUUUGCCUUCAUGCUACACCUCAUCGACCAGUAUGACCCCCUCUACUCCAAACGCUUUGCUGUCUUCCUCUCUGAAGUGAGUGAGAACAAACUCCGGCAACUGAACCUCAACAAUGAAUGGACCUUGGAGAAGCUGCGCCAGAGGAUCACCAAAAACUCCCAGGAGAAGCUAGAGUUGCACCUCUUCAUGCUCAGUGGCAUCCCAGACACUGUCUUUGACCUCCUUGAACUGGAGGUCCUGAAGCUAGAGCUCAUCCCUGAUGUCACCAUCCCACCAAGCAUCGCUCAGCUCACCAGCCUCAAGGAACUGUGGCUGUACCAUACAGCGGCCAAGAUAGAGGCCCCAGCCCUUGCCUUCUUGAGGGAGAACUUGAAAUCCUUGCACAUCAAGUUCACGGACAUCAAGGAGAUCCCUCUUUGGAUUUACAGCUUGAAGACUCUUGAAGAACUCCACCUGACUGGGAACUUAAGUGCUGAGAACAACCGGUACAUUGUAAUUGAUGGCUUGAGGGAGUUAAAGAGGCUCAAGGUCCUGAGGCUGAAGAGCAACCUGACAAAGCUUCCCCAGGUGGUGACAGAUGUCGGGGUGCACCUCCAGAAGCUCUCCAUCAACAACGAGGGCACCAAGCUCAUCGUCCUCAAUAGCCUCAAGAAGAUGGUUAACCUAACAGAGCUGGAGCUGAUCCGCUGCGACUUGGAGCGCAUCCCCCACUCCAUCUUCAGCCUCCAGAACCUCCAAGAGAUCGACCUCAAGGACAACAACCUCAAAACCGUUGAGGAAAUCAUUAGCUUCCAGCACUUGCACCGCCUCACUUGCCUUAAGCUGUGGUACAACCACAUUGCCUACAUCCCCAUGCAGAUCGGCAACCUCACCAACCUGGAGCGCCUUUACCUGAACCGCAACAAGAUUGAGAAGAUCCCCACCCAGCUCUUCUACUGCCGGAAGCUUCGGUAUUUGGAUCUCAGCCACAACCUCUUGACUUCGAUACCAGCAGACAUCAGGCUGUUGCAGAAUCUGCAGAACCUGGCUGUCACAGCCAACAGGAUCGAGAACCUCCCAGCAGAGCUCUUCCAGUGCAGGAAGCUUCGGACUUUGAACCUGGGCAACAACGUCCUGCAGUCGCUGCCUUCCCGAGUGGGCGAGCUGACGAAGCUGUCUCAGAUUGAACUGCGGGGGAACCGCCUGGAGUGCCUGCCGGUCGAGCUGGGCGAUUGCCCCUUGCUGAAGCGCAGCGGGCUGGUGGUGGAGGAGGACCUCCUUAACACUUUGCCACUGGAAGUCAAGGAACGGCUAUGGAGGGCUGACAAGGAGCAAGCCUGAGAGUCUCCACAGAAGAGGAGGUGGGGAGAGGAGGAAGGAAACCCAACAUCUCAGGCCAAAACAGCCAGGGGGCGCAGGUAUGGGGAGCCCCUCAGGCAACCUUGCCCCCAUGUUCUGUUACCCAAGAAAACCCGAGCCAAAACAGACUAGCCAAGGACACCCUGCCCAAGGACCGCCUUGAGAAGGUGGGAGAGGAGGUUGCUUUUUUCCUUCAGAAUUGCGGAGGUGGUGGUGGUCCAAUGUGAGGACUGUGGCCACGAAGAAGAGUUUGUGGUUUGCAUGGCAUAGGAAGUUGAAUGCAGCCGCUGUGACCGGCCAGGAAACGAAACUCUAGAACUCUUGCACUGAGUUGUUGCAAGUGUCGGGAGCAGCUGGCAGGCAUCCAAGCUGGUGGGGUGGGGUGGGGUGGGGUGGGUGAAUGAGUGGGACCCAUUGAUCCUGUUCAAACCGCCUGCUGCUAUGGUAUCUCUGUGAGGGCCGUCCAUGAACCGGGUGUUUUACCGUUGUACAAUCAAGAAUAGGAACUGUGUUUGGCCUUUGGCCACACAUCGUGACACUAGCUUUUUCUUGCACACACUGAUUUAUUAACUGUUGCCUCAUCAGUCUGGAUCAUUUCGGAGGAGCUGAUAGGAAAGGACUUCUUAAUUUCUCUGUUUCAUGCUGACGUUGUUGGUUGUUUCUGUCUUGGCAGUCAUUUUACUUCUUGAUCACUACAUGGCGAAAUUUUACUUUCCUUUUAAAACCUUCAAUUAAAAAUUCCCCUGCUGCCGCCAUGUGGUGGUUGGAUAGUAGGAUGUUCCCACAUCUGAAUCUUUUCCUGCUUGAAUCCGGCGUUACAUCUGCCUCUGGGUGGGGUUGUGUUUCAAGAGUGGCAAGUAUGGAUUAAGUGGUGUGUGUGUGUGUGUGUGUGUGUGUGUGUGUGUAUGUAUUAUUGGAAUCUUGUGCCCGAAAGAUGAGACUAGUCUGCAAAAUUAUUUUCAGUUGGCAAAACCACUGUACUGCUGUUUUUGACUACGUAGGGAAGGCAGGGCAGGCAUACAUUUGAAUGUUCCUUUUCGCUCAAAACACUGGAAUUCAAAACAUGUCAUUUCAAAGCAUCCCUUUUUGAUAACAAAGCAUGGGCAGUGGGCAUUGAAACACUAAAAAGCAGGAGUGAGGAACCUGUGCUCCCCCCCCCAACAACUUUACUGAGCUCCCAUCGCUUCCCCUCCCCGUCAGAAUGACCAGUAAUCAGGGAUGAUGCGAGUUGUAGUCAGUGAACACCUGGAACGUCACAGGUUCUCCAUCAUUGAUAAAAAGGAACAAGCCAGCUAUCCUCUAUACUCUUCAGCCUUCCCCUUGCCUAGUGCCUUCCAGAUGUUUUGAGCUACAGCUCCCUUCAGCCACAGCUAGCACGAGCUAAUGGGAAUUGCAGUACAAACAUCUGGAAGCCCCCAGGUUGGGGAAGGCUGAUGUAGGUCCUUGUUCUGCUCUCCCUCCCUCAGGUGCUGCCAACAUCUUCCAUGAGAUAUAAAAAACAACUUCCAUGAGAUAUAAAAAACCAAUUUCUUCUCCCCUCUCUCCUUACUAUUUUGAUAGCAGCUGGUCUGUGUUUUAAUUUUUUAUAUUAUUUUGCUAGCUCCCAUGGAGAUAGCAUUGAUACUUGCCUCUUUUAUCAGAGUUGUCAUUCCCUGGGGCAAGAGGCCUGUCUCCCAUUCUCUGCAAACAUAGCAGAGUCUUCCCCCCCAACCCCCGUUUUUCUACUUCCCUCUUCAGUGUUAAAGGAAGAGCAUAAAAUGCCUCCCAGGGUGGACUCUCCCCCCCCCCCAUUUUUAUUGCAGAAGUCUUGCUCUGGGGAGUGAGGAACACGUAUCGAAGAAAAUAAAAUUUGCACUACUGUUUAAUACAGGCUUUGCCAAGAUUACAACCUCCAGGUGUUUGUUAAGGCUAUCAGUUGUAGUUGUAGUUCAACAACAUCUGGAGCUCACCAGGUUGGCCAAGGCUUUCACAGAAUCAUACAGUUGUAGGGUUGGAAAGGGACCCCAAGGGUCGCCUAGUCCAAGCCCCUGCAAUGCAGGAGUCACAGGUAAAGAAUCUGUAACAGCUAGCCAUCCAACCUCUGUUCAAACAUCACCAACAAUAUUUAAUUUUAAUUCUUGGGGUCUAAUACAAGCAUCUAAGCUGGUUUAAUAUACCUAUCUAUUGGAAAGGUAAACCAUUUAACAGCUAGUGAUCUAUUGCAAAACAGGUACUGCAGAUCUUAAUGUACCGUCAUUUAUUUCAGACAGUUGUUUUGCUUUUUACUGAGAUGCCAGGAUGGUGUUGUUGGUUUCAGACAAAUGUUCGUGUGUAUGCACGUUCAAAAAUCUCCCCUCCUUUGAUGUUUCUGGCAGUGAAGAGAAAGAAUAAAAUAUACUGCUAGCUUCCUGUCUGCGUCUGAAGUCAUAGAAAAAAGACCUGCACGCAAUUUAGCAAUGCUGAGGACACACACAGAAAAAUCAAAAUAAAAUAACCAUACCCCACCAAUGUUAACCAGGCUCUGGUAUUGUCAAUGUCUAAAUAAAGCUACAUGGAAACCUUA